AUAAACUGGUCCAAAUUCAAGAUGUAUCAAAAGGUCGACUCCAUCGACCAGAAUCGGUGUUAAAUGGACUCUAAAUAUACUAUUUGGGCUUAUUGUGGGCCUGCAUAACUUUCUGCAUGUUAAGAAUUAGGGUUUUAUGUUUCGCUUCUCAAACCCUAGAGAAAUAGAUUGACUGCAGAGAGCUUUGCUUUAGCCGCGGAAGAAUCAGAAAGCUUUCUCUGCGAACAUGGCGAGAGGUUUAAAGAAGCAUCUGAAGAGGCUCAAUGCUCCUAAUCAUUGGAUGCUUGACAAACUGGGUGGUGCCUUUGCUCCCAAGCCGUCUUCUGGACCACACAAAUCUAGGGAGUGCCUUCCUCUCCUCCUUAUCAUCAGAAACAGGUUGAAGUAUGCUCUGACAUACAGAGAAGUGAUUUCGAUCUUGAUGCAAAGGCAUAUUCAAGUCGAUGGGAAAGUGAGGACUGACAAAACAUACCCUGCUGGUUUCAUGGAUGUUGUGUCUAUCCCGAAGACAAAUGAAAGCUUCCGUCUUCUGUAUGACACCAAGGGACGUUUCCGUCUCCACUCCAUCAGAGACGAGGAGGCAAAGUUCAAGCUAUGCAAGGUGAGAACGAUCCAGUUUGGUCAGAAGGGCAUUCCUUACCUGAACACGUAUGAUGGUCGCACCAUCCGUUACCCCGACCCGCUUAUCAAGCCUAACGACACAAUCAAGCUCGACCUUGAGGAGAACAAGAUUGUGGAGUUUAUCAAGUUCGAUGUGGGCAACGUGGUGAUGACUUCACCUUUAUUCUCUUUCUCGGUGUUGAUAAAAGGUUUAAGAAACAGAGUUACUCCUUUUUGUCACACGAUGCAAUAG